UUUAACACAAUAAAUAACAAGUGCUGCUAUAGAAGGACCAUUGCGAUAUAAUAUACUUUUAGUCACUGUGCUUUAUAUAUUCAAUGAUCUUGGAAAUGUUUCAAUUAACGUACGCAUUUAAAGAAACAAGGUUAAGGUAUUUGUACCGACAGUAAUUGACGUGUCAGUGCAACUGCAAAUGGCGGACACCAAUGGUGACAUUUCUCCGCUAGAGAAGAAAAUCGAAAAAUUAGGAAUAUCAGCGGAUGAAUCGACGAAAAAUGAAAAUAAUACGAAAAACGAAGAAACAUCCGAGCCUCAUCUUUGGGGUUUCGAAACCCGAGAACUGUAUAAAAUGGCAGUAAAUUUCUAUAAAGAGAAAGAGGGGAAAGCAGUCCAUCUGUCUUAUGAAGACAAACUAAAGUUAGUGGCUUUUACACAACAAGUUACACAUGGGAAGUGUACGGCGGAAAAUGCACCACCACUAGGUGUGUUAGAUGUAAUUGGAAAAGACAGACGUUUAGCAUGGCAAAAUUUGGGAGAUAUAUCCAAAGAACAGGCGAUGGAAGGAUUUAUAGUUUUAUUGGAUAAAUUAUGUCCUUUAUUCAGAACAGUUGUAGAAGCACAAAAGAGAGACAUAGAAGAAAAAUUACGGCUAAAGAAGGAAGAAGAAGCAAAGAAAUUAGAAGAAGAAAGGAGAUUAAAAGAGAUAGAAGAACAAAAAAAGAAAGACGAAGAAACACGAUUAAAAGAUGAACUACAAAGGAGACAAAUACAGGAUGCCUUAAACCAACAAACGUAUUAUCAAUUUAAAAUGUACGCGGAGCAACAAUAUCCUGGAAACCCAGAGCAGCAAGGUGUUUUAAUAAGGCAAUUACAAGAACAACAUUACCAUCAAUACAUGCAGCAGUUACGCCAAAAUAAAUUAAUCAUAGAAGAUCAAACCCCAGAAGUAAAUAAUACCACAGCCGACAAUGAUCAAAAGGAAGAGACCAAAGAGACAGAUGAAACAGCACUGUUAAAUGAAGAAGACUCGGAUGAACUACCAGAGGAGUGGCCACCUAUAGCUCCUGCAGAAAUGUGGACAAGGAAAGGUGUGGAGGAAUUUAAGGAAACUAUUAGGAGAGAAGCCGGUGAUGCAGUUAUUAAAGUUGGACAUGGAGAGACAGUGACUGUUAGAGUGCCAACACACGAAGAUGGCUCUUGUCUGUUUUGGGAAUUUGCAACGGAUGGUUACGAUAUUGGUUUUGGAGUAUAUUUUGAAUGGUCAAAACCGGAAACAAAUCAAGUGUCUGUCCAUAUUAGUGAAUCAGAGGAUGAGGACGAGGAAGAAGAUGAUUAUGUUUCAAGAGAAGAUUUGGAAAGUGGGGUAAUGAAUGGUAAUAUUCAACCUGAUUAUAAACCACCAUCACCACCCAUAAGCGUGGUAGUACCUGUAUAUAGGAGGGAUUCCCAAGAAGAAAUUUAUGCUGGAAGUCAUAGAUACCCAGGACAGGGAGUGUAUCUUCUUAAGUUCGACAAUUCAUAUUCACUUUGGCGAAGCAAAACGCUUUAUUACCGAGUUUAUUAUACCCAAAAUGGCUAUGUGAAAAAUUAGCUUUAAUAAAAGCUACGGCAAUUCACUGAACGUACAACCGUUGAGAACUAGCCGAAUGCGAUGAUCUGCCGAUAUUGCUAGUCCAACUAAACGAAGAGUCCUAUAUCUUAUUUCUGUAAACAUUAAGCGAAGUGUUCGCUAUAAAAAAUAUACUUAUUAUAGUUAUGUUAAGACACUUUAUUGUUUAAUAUGGCAAAAAAGUGGGCACAAAAGAAGAAAAGGUUCCUAUUAUUCCCUUUCCCAUGCAUGUUUAUAAGCAAUCAAACAAAAUUCAUAAAUAUCAGUAACAAU